AUGUUGGAAUGGUAUAGCCUCACUCGCCGCUUCAGUGUCCUGCGUACAUCUUCUGGGUCGCCUAUAGCGUUGGACGAGCUGAAGUCCAAGUUUGCUGAACAACGCGCUCGAGGGUCCCAUAAUCAAGUAUCAGAAGAGGAAGAGGACAUGAUACUCGAAGCUCUAGGCCGCCUCCAUGCCAGGAAUUCUCGUUCUCGGGGGAGGAAUAGUGGGGAGGAAACAGAUGGUGAGCACAGUCAUCAAUAUAUGUCAUCAAAAUUUGGAGCUGGAUAUCCAGGAUCUCAAGCUGCGGGACCUCGCCAAUCAGUGCGGUCCACGGCGACGAUUGGCAGCUCAGUCUUACACACUGCAACUUCAACUUCAUCACUGUCCUCCACCAAGGGCUCAAACGUAUCGAGGCGAAUGAGUAACAAUCUUUUCGGCUCGGGAAAGCUACGCGACCAGGUUUAUCUCCGCUCUGCAGGGAACACCAGGCGGAGUGGUAGGGACAGAAAUAUAUCGUCAGUCACACCUUCGGACUCGUCGAUGAGCACAAUCGCCAGCGUCAGUGCUCGGGCGGAUCAAAAUGUGUCUGUCUACUCAGACAGCUUGCGCCCUAGCACACCUGACGGCAGCACGUACACAGUAUCCGUGCCCUCGAGUCCAAACAAUGACAAGGUGUUUGAGAGGCAGCGAUCCAGAGGGUCUAUCUCGGGAGAGUCGCGAUCGGAGUACGGUGCUGCGACCAAAACGUUCAGCACGCGUGCGUCAUUAGCUCUGGAUGAUGCGAUCCGCGAGCUUGAAGAGGAAGGGGAUGAUGAGAUUGUCAUGGAGCGAUCACCUAUUGCACACGUUUCCAAUGGUAACCUCAGCACACCUGCGACCACCACUCUCGGACGAAAUUCUCCCCUUAUCUCGCCAGUUGAGUACGAGGCUGUGACUGCAAUUUCGCCUGAUGAUCAGGCAGUUCAAGGUGAUGCGCAGCGUGCAUCUCCCUUUCCUCGCUCUCGGACGACUUCUCCGACCCCUCGCUUGCCUGGCUAUCUUCCUGGUAUGCCUAGACCGCUGACCCCCCGUGAUACGACGUUCGACGCAGACGAUCUAACCCCGUCGACAACUCCCCGCGCUACUUCCCCUCGUCUUCCCGGCGGAAAUCCGUUAUCGCCCGUCAUAACCCAAAGCAUUACUUCGUCUAUUUACAGAAGCAACUCAACUGCAUCGACCUCUCAUCAAUCGACCUCCCAAACUGCAACUCCCACUAUACCCUCAACGCCGCCCCUAUUUUUCAACCGGAGCACGAAUGGGAGAUUCACUCCGGAGGAUCGGCAACGUAAUGGUAGCAGCUCUCCUACGACGACGGAAUCUCCCGAUUCGCCUAGCCAGGCACGGAGACGGCCUUUCUCUCCUCUUUCAAGCCCUACGUACCAGUCCCUCGCUGGUGUACCAGCUCGACCCGUCACUCCCUCCAAUGUGACGUGGAAUACUUCAUCUAGCCCUGCCAGUGGAAAGGCAGUGGGCAGGAAUGGCAGCGUGUCUGGUCAUAGCAGGAAUGCCAGCACCACCAGCAUCACUGAAGUGACCACAGAUUCCUUGGAACGGGCCAGGUCAAUGUCGAGGUCACACCGUUCACCUACAUUCCCUGAUUCUUCCUGGAUAGAUCUGGGACUAAACGGUGAUGGUACAGACUCGGAAUACCGACCCUCUUCUGCGAUGUCUGGCACGGAUCUCGGAUCGCCUGUCCAGAUGUCGAAUCGCCCACUUCGCUCUCCGACACCUACACAUAAUCGACAGAAGUCGCCCACUGCCGCAGGUUUUCCGGAAUACAUCACAACGAACGGGGAGAGCGCGAGCCGGCGCUCUUCGAAGCAGAAUCACCAUUCAUCCUUCUCCUUAGGCUCCUCUCACGCUCUUUUACUUUCUCCCAUUGCAAAUUCAUCUAGGUCUUCGAUGGAGUCUGUUGGUUCUAGUUAUCACUCAUGGGAUGAGGAUCAUAAGAAAGACAGGCUAUUCGAUCUUGUCAGUUCGCUCGAUCCUCAACACACGGAUUGGCACGAUGUUUCGGCGGUUGAUAAAUCGAACGUCUCCACGCCAGGUACUUCUCCAUAUGACGACGUGGACAUUGAGGAUGUGGUGCGGCGGCAGACGGGGCUUACUAAAGGAGAUUUUGUAGCAGUCCAGGACAAGCUAAUCAACGCUGCGAUGGCUAAAGCUACCACCCCGGAUGGUCGUAAUCGGGCUUCGUCUUUGAGAAAAAGACGACCUUCAACGUCACAGUCAAACUACUCGUUCACUGGGACUGAUAAUAGGGUGGCUAGUCCCGCGCCGCAACCUCAAGCUGCUAUUACUGCUUCUACUUCCAAAGCUGCUGAACAAAAGUCUAAGGCAAGCGCAUUGUUGGAUUCCGUUGUGGACAGUAUUGAGUCUCCACGCGCAAACUCGUCGCCUAUGCUAAGCGCGGAGAAUGCCUUGCCGGACGACCAUCAACCGGUGGAUCAGCCGCUCUCGAGCCCUGGUCGCAGGCACCGUGCACUCGCAGACGUCCUUUUUGGGGCGGAAGAGGAUGAGCCUUCGGACCAGUGGUUCCAGAGCCUUCGCUGA